AUGAAGGCUUUAAUUAUGAACCCCAAUAUGGGGACUAACCCAUCACUCGCCAGUGACCCUACAGGGCACAUGCAGCAACUGAACCAUGUACAUGGUGCUAUGAGUGAUGGCGCAUAUGGCCUUGACCCUGGAAUGGAUCAUGGAGGAUACUUACCGCCCAAUACCUAUGACCAGUACUUAUACAACCAGAAGCAGGGUUAUCUACCUCGACACCACCCACAAGCUCACAAAACCAUGUUUGAUGGUGCAGGGAUGUAUGGGGAAAUGCAGAGUCCUAGCAACAUGUCUACUACAAGUUUGUCUCCAUCUCCGCCCCCGCCUCCCAGAGUAUAUAAACCAUGUGUCGUUUGUAGCGACAAAUCCUCAGGGUAUCACUACGGUGUCAGCUCCUGUGAGGGCUGUAAGGGAUUUUUCCGUCGAAGUGUACAAAAAAAUAUGCAAUAUACUUGCCAUAAGGAUAAAAACUGUCCAAUUAACAAGGUGACUCGGAAUCGCUGUCAAUACUGCCGCCUACAAAAGUGCUUUGCCUCAGGAAUGUCCAAAGAAGCUGUGAGAAAUGAUAGAAACAAGAAAAAGAAAAUGAAGACUGAAAGUGAUGGUGUGGACAUAGCUUGCUCAACAGAAGAAGUAACAGACGAUGAUAUGGGUAUUUUACAAGAGAUUCUCGAUGCUCACAAUUCUACAUUUCCAAACAUUGAAGAGGAAAUCUUGUCCCCUGUGAGUAAAGAAUUGGGCAGUUCUGAGGAGACUAAAGUGGAAAAGGAUCAGGAAGAUCAAGAUGACAAAGAUGAAGAGAAAAGUGUAAAAUUGAUGUUAUGGGAACGUGUGACUGAACUCUCUUCCAAAGGGAUUAUCAAAAUAGUAGAAUUUGCUAAAAAAAUCUCAGGAUUUACCUCCCUUUCCUCAUCGGAUCAAAUCACGUUAUUAAAGGCAGCAUGUUUAGAAAUAAUGAUAUUACGAUUGUGUUCCCGGUAUAACCUUGAUCAGGAUGUUAUGAUGUUUAGUGGCGGACUUACUUUGGAUCGUGAUCAGUUGCAAAAUGGAGGUUUUGGAUCACUUACAGAGACAAUAUUUAAAUUUGCUUCCUCUCUCAAAAUGUUGGAGAUUGAUGACAUGGAAUUCGCUGUGUUAUCAGCUGUGUGUUUGAUAAGUGGAGAUCGAUCCGGUUUAGAAAAUCCACAAAAAAUUGAAGAAAUGCAGGAACCCAUUCUUGAGGCCUUGAAACAUUAUAUCAGGACAAGGCGUAAAGAUCAGCCGAUAACAUGGGCCAAGAUGUUGAUGAAGGUGACAGAUCUUCGCAGCAUCAGUGUUAAAGGAGCAGAAAGAGUACUUCACCUGAGAUUAGAAAUGCCAGACGAAUUACCUCCCUUAAUCAUUGAAAUGUUGGACCGAUCAGAGAAUGUAUGUUUGCCUUGA